CUCAGAGCUUGAGAGAGCGCGGAAGAGAGAGGAGUCCCAGUCAGCGAGGGAGGAAUCAAAUAAAAGAGAAAAGGCAGACGGAGUGAAGGAGAUUACACGAGACAGACACACACACAGAGCGAGAGAGAAGGAGAGAGAGAGAGAGAGAGCUCCGCGCGAGAGAAAGAAAGACAAGCCAACACUGAGACAGAGAAAGUAAGAGCGCCUUGUUGUUGUUGUGUUGUGUGCAGCGUCGCGCUGGUCUUCCUCGGUUAUCUGUCUCCAUCUGGCUGCCAUCUGUGUCUCUGGCUCUGGCCUAAGCCACACUGCAACUCACAUAUGUGGGAAUGCAAACACAUGCCUGACAUAUGAAGGUGUGGAGUCACAGAGAGACACAGAGAGACACGGAGAGACACGGAGAGAAAGGAAAGGAUAAGAAAGCAGAGCCUCGCCACUGCAGCUGACUUUCUCCACGGACGUGAGAGUGGACUCUACUAGAGAGGAGACAGUAGAGAGAAGAAGAGCCCUGCCAUGCCCGGUUCUCCUGUGGAUGCUAAGACUCAUUCCAGAUCAGCCCCCAGCAGCAGCAGCACCAGCUCCACGAUGCCACCCCUGCCUUCCGUCAACCCCAGCGGCCCUCGACCCGCCUCUUUUUCCACCACAGCACUGACGAAUGGGAAUCAUCAUUCCCCACCCACCUUGAACGCAGUGCCGUCUCCACCACAGCGCUACAGCAAUGGACCUUCCUCUUCCUCGUCCUCAUCGCUAGCAAACCAGCAGCUGCCUGCCACCUGUGGAGCUCGCCAGCUGAGCAAACUGAAGCGUUUCCUGACCACGCUGCAGCAGUUUGGCAAUGACAUUUCUCCUGAGAUUGGAGACAGUGUUCGAAGCCUUGUCCUGGCCCUCGUGAAUUCAACAGUUACCAUUGAGGAGUUUCACUCACGGCUUCAGGAGGCGACCAACUUCCCCUUACGCCCUUUUGUUAUUCCCUUUCUCAAGGCAAACCUACCUCUGCUGCAGAGGGAGUUGCUCCACUGUGCACGGGCAGCCAAGCAAACUCCAGCCCAGUACCUGUCCCAGCACGAGCACCUCCUCCUGAGCACCACGCUGGCUUCCUCUCCAGACUCUUCGGAGCUGCUGAUGGAGCCUUCUGACGCUGGGACCAAGAGACACAGCCCGAACAGAGCUAAAGAGAACGGUUUCCACGAACGCCCACCGGCAGCCAUGGAGCCUGCUGCCAAACGGAUCUGCACCAUCAGCCCCGCGCCGCGACACAGCCCCGCCCACCCGCUGCCGCUCAACACCCAGCUUCACCCAACUCCUCCACCCUUGCAGCACUAUGCCCUGGAUGACAUUGCAACGCCACACAUCCUGCACCGAGAGCACAGCCAACGCAUGCUGGAGAUCCGCGAGCUCAAAGACAGACCCAGACUUCCUGGAACUAAUGGGGGUUACCGUGAGGAGCCGGUGGACCACAGGCUGACAGACAGAGAGUGGGCUGAUGAAUGGAGGCAUCUGGACCACGUGUUGAACUGCAUUGUGGACAUGGUGGAGAAGACCCGGAGGUCAGUGAGCGUGCUCAGACGGUGCCAGGAGUCCGAUCGCGAGGAGCUCAACUACUGGCGACGGCGCUCAAGCGAGCAGGAGGACCCACGCAAAGGAGGUUCGGGCUCCACCCCCUUCUCCAAGACACACAGCCCCCACUCCGCAGAGUCAGACUCCAAGCGCGACUUUGCUUCGCGGCCAGGCUCGGCAUAUGUUCCAGAUGAGAUCUGGAGGAAAGCUGAAGAAGCGGUGAACGAAGUGAAGCGUCAGGCCAUGGAUGAGGUGCAGAAAGCGGUGGCGGAGGCCGAGCAGAAGGCUUUCGAGAUGAUCGCCACCGAGAGGGCUAAGAUGGAAAAGACUCUGGCUGAUGCAAAGAGGAAGGCUCAAGAAGACGCCAUCCUGGUCGUCAACGAACAGGAGGAUUCCAGUGAGUGCUGCUGGAACUGUGGGCGCAAAGCCAGCGAGACGUGCAGCGGCUGUAACGCGGCUCGCUACUGUGGCUCGUUCUGUCAGCACAAAGACUGGGAGAGGCAUCACCUUAUCUGCAGCCCAGGACUUCAAGCUCAACCCAAACCAAUGUCUGCCAUCACUGCGAGCAGGGCGGCUGCAGUGGCCUCCGCCGCCGCCGCAGCAGCGGCAGCAGCCGGCGUGUCUCCUGUCGGUCUGACCGGGGUCAAGGCCCCCGACAUUGUGCCUUCAGUGUCCAGUCCUGGCGGAGAGAAGGCCUCGGUUGUGUCCCGCUCUUCCACCCCCUCCACCCCUGCCUCGGCCUCUGAGGCCAACGGACACUAGGCAGUGAAAAGAUGUCACUUAGUGGUUCACUUGUCACCAAUCCCGUCCCUUAACUUGGGGGAAAAAAACUGAAUCGGCACAAUGCACGUGGGUUUGUCCGAAUAACAGAUUUCUCAUCAUAUUCUUUGGCUGUUAAAAACAAAAGGACAGAUUAUGGAGUGACUGUUUUGAGUGAUAUGUCAACUGGGACGUUGACUUUGGCAAAGAACAGAAAAGACAUCCAUUGGAAAACAGAUCUACCUAACAGAUGGAAACGUGUUUGUCUCAAAGUCCAAAAACCACCAAAUCUUGCAUCUGCUCCGAGGAGUAAAAGAAGAAGAAGAAAAAACAAAAAAGAACUGUUGAACUUUUAUCUUCGGCCGCGGACAAGAAGUUAUGAGACGAAGGAAUGAUGAUGGAGAUUAUAAAAAAAACAGCGAGGUGAUUUAAGAAAAAAAAAAAAAGCCUCCCCUUGACUUCACUUUGUAUAAAUUUAAUAUGGGGGGCGGGUGAUGGUGUUAAAUGUAAACAGUGUAAUAGUACCAGCCAUAAGCAUCUGUCCUCAUCCUGAAGCAAAACAUCUACAGUAGACCACGCGAGAUUGUCUCUGCAGAUGUUCUGUAUACAUAAAUAUGUGCUCGCCAACUCCUCCACAGGUUUUUCUUUUCUUUUUUCCCCACGUGAAUGCGUGUGUCUAACGGUCGCACAGUCGCUGAUUAUUUGUUAAUACUUUUUUAUCAAAGCAAUAUUAAAAUGUCAGGUAUCACAAGCGGUUUCUGCGUCACCAAAGUCCCUCUCCCCCCGCCCCUCCGUCACUAAUGUCCUCGUCAUUGCCUGUAAAUGCCUUUUGUGAGAUAAUUAUACACAUGUUCAAUCUUCUUUUUGUGUCCAUUUCUCUUUUCUUUUUUUUUUCAUUUCCGAUCAUCAGACAGAAGAAGAAGAAGAGGUAAAGGUGACGGUGUCAGUGGAGGUUUUCAGUUUCGUUUCGUCGGCACUCGUCCUUGUCAUCACUCCUGUACGGCAAGGUCAGAGGUUUCAGAGGUUUCUUUUGCAAUCUUUGCGCCACUGUGAUGUCACAGUGUCACCAUUGCAGUAGUGGCAGCUUCAGAACAGUGACUCUGUCCACGGAGAAUCUCAGGAGCUAACGUUUAUUUGCGAGUACAGGACGUUCUGUUCCUUUUUUUUCUUUUGUUUCCUUUGGUCUCCGUUAGAUUAAAUCAAAUGUUGAGUGCAAAACCUUUAUUUUUCUGUUGUAUUCUACUGUCACAACAGAGGCAUUGUUCAUGGUUUUUUUUGUUGUAAGAAGAAUUUGUAAAGAAUAUUAUGAGAGAUUGUCUUUAUUUUGUGAGCCACAAUUCCCCCCUUCAUUCUUCAAACAAGUUCUUUUGUUAUGAGGCAUAACAACUUCAUAUUAAGAAAAAGAUAAGUCAAGAAGUAUGAAAUAAAGAAAAACACAUUA